AUGGAAAAGACCAAACCAAAAUUUAAACGCGCCUCUACUGUUUCGAAAGUCCUAGAACACGACUCCAAUAAUAAUGCCACAUCUGGUUCUCGCGCACUGGACUUACAAAUAUCGUUCGGCAUCCUACCCAUCGAACUCACACACUCCGUCAUCGCGCACGCACUAGGGAACUACUACACCGAGCUCAUCUUCUACGAAGGGUCAGAUCACAAGAAGAAUGGAGAAUGGGACGCGAUGCUGGUGCUCUUACAUGUCUCGAGGGUGUUCAGAAUGGAGACGAUCAGGUUGAUGGGUUAUCUCUUUGGUGGCACGGAGACGAUUGUUGACAUUCAGAAGGGAAUCGUCAAUCUCAAAGCUUACUACGGGCACUUUGACCGCUUUCGGCGGCUGCAUUCCUCGGCACAUAAUGACGACUUUCUCACAUUCGUCGAGCUCUCCGAAACCUUCUUUCCCAACGACAAUCACUUCGCCAGAUCUAAAACCAGCGACGAAGACGAGCACGGUGACGAAGAAACGAAGGAGCUGGGGUUCUUCCAUUUGUGGGAGCACUAUGUGUACAACAAAGCUUACGAGUUCGAUCUCCUCCACGCGCGAAUAACAUCUUUGGGAGAAGUCGUCCUGGAGGAUUUCCGGAGGGUAUGGAACGAGAUGGCUGUGGAGAAGUAUAUGGUGAAGAGCGUGGAGGGAAUACCUGGUUAUGUGCAGAGAGUCGAGUCGGACUCGGAUACCGGUACUGCCGCCGGAGGCAUCGGUGUUGAGGGAAGCUUGUGGGACGUGCUCGUGGGUAGGAUCGUGAAAAAGUGUAGAGUCAAUGGGGUUAGAUUUUUGAGACUGUGGUCAUUCAAGCUGAUGAUGGACGAGAUUGCCGAGACAAUCGAAGGUGUACACGACGGGACUAUAGACGAUAUUACCUGUCAUCUUCCCGCUCUCUCCCUUACCGGCCAACAUAACACGUACCUCAAUAUAACCUAUCAAUUCUCCCUCUAUCCUUUCCCCGGGCUCACGCAUACCGAUGUUUGUGAUCAUGAUUUCGGAGACCUGGAGCUCUCGAUAACGGGGUAUGCGAGAAAUAUGGCUGAAUGUCAGAUCCUCGAAUCAGUCCCCAAUCCGCUAAAUAAGAAGAUGGCAGAAAGAUGUAGAAGGUGGGCGGGCACCUUCUUCGGCGAGGGAGAGAGGAUAAGCAGGGGCUUAGGGGACCGGAGUCGGGAAGAGAAAGUCUGAAUCUCGACGCAAAGCUUUAGAGGAGUAAGCAGGGCUUUUGGAGUGGGCUGAAGGUGGUGUGGCGGUGGCGCUCGAGUUUUCGUCUGCAUACGAUGCUAGCCUGGUAUUUUCGCUCCCUCGUUAUACCUGAAGGCCGACAAAUGGUGUCAUUGCGAACUCUUUCGGCAUUAGAUGUUAUCUGCAGCCUGAAAAGUGGACUUUUGGGUUGCAAGGUGAUGCAAACGAAAUGUAAAAGCGAGAAUUCCAAGUGAA